AUGUUGAAACCAAGUUUUUUAUCUUUAUUCCUUUCGAAAUCCAUUAGAGUACACCUUAAAUUUAUUAAAUCUGGUUUAAUAAAUCAACUGCCGUCUACUCGUUGCUCUUUUACAGCAACAAUUUUAACUAUUGCUGACUUAGAUCCGCGAUUGUCCAUUUCGUUUUCACGCAUCUUAAGACUUGUUACCAUACCUGAGUAA